CCCGCUCCUCUCCCCGCCCCCCCCCCCCCCCCCCGAGGGCUAUGCCAGUUGGGGAGGACAAUGCUGCCGCGUGGGACGCAACACAGUGAGGGGCGUGGCCUGGAGGACGCAUUACCCUAGCGACCACCACCGUGGCGGCGCAGACUUGAUCUAAUCGUAGAGCGGGAAAGGUGUGAGUGAAGAGGUGAAACGAAGAGGGCUUGCUGCCCCAGCCCCCCAGCACCCUGGGGGCUGGCGGGCGGCCAUGGAUCUGUAUCUCAGCAACUGCUAUAAGGCUGCCAAAGCCUCCACCACUAAGGCGGCCGCCAGCAGCCUAGCUGCCGCCAGAGAGCAGUGCGGCACCGGCUCACAAAAAGAACCCAUUCUAGAGGUCGGAGCAGCUAAUCUAUUGGAUCUUCCUCUUGGGGUCAAGCUGCCUGUUAUCCCAGGAAGCAACAAUGUAUUCUACACUACAAAUAUAAGUGAAAAGCUUUACCAGCCUUCUUACGACUUUAACCUGACUGAUCCUUAUUGCCGACUUUUGGAAACCAGCUACAAAAGUCUGCAUGAUCCACAUUUAAAAGCAUACUAUAAGCGAAAAGAUAUCCUAAAGAGAUUAAAGAAGGGCGGCUACAUCACGAACAAUAAUAAAGUCAUAUGUACUUUGAAAGAAUUGAAUAAGUACAGGCAGUAUCUGACUACUUUAAAAUUAGACUUUGAAAGAAACUAUAUAAAAGAACAAAAAAUCAUUGAAAAACAAGUAAAUAAAUUGAAUGAAACCAAGAGAGCCUAUGACAGUUAUGGAAACGCACAAUUCCAAGAAUGGCUGUUACAGGAAGGUACACACACAACUCCAGACCAAGAGCUGGUAAUAAAACACAGAUAUUUAGAUAUGAUUAGUAAGGAAUUAGACAAGGUUGAGCACACAGCAGAAAAGCAGAGCACAUUCCGGAUGAAGGAAGAAGAACUACAACAUCAGGACCACAUUAGAAGAAAACUUAGUCUCUGUAGACAAAUUGAAGAGGGAUGGAAGACAAAAGAAAUGCUUCUUCUAACCAAGAUUGGAGAAGAAGUAAAAAGAGAAGCCCGAGUUGAGGAACAACAUCAUAAACUCUGGGAGGAAGCCCACCGGAAGAAACAAGCACUUCUAGAGAAAAAAAUCGCUUAUCAUUUACAAAAAAUGCAAAAGGAUGACCUUAAGAGAGAAGGACCAGGGGGAAGUAUAAAUGAAAACAAAGGACAAGACAAAAGAGAAGCUCCUUCCCCAGAGAUAAAGAAAACAAGUGAUAGUACCAGUGGCCAGAAAUUACACCAAGGACAAAAACGUAAUUGAAAUUAUUUGAUUAGAAGUACUAAACUAGUAAUUUGUAGAAAGAUGGGAUUUGGUACUGACCGCAUCUGCUUACAAUGCAGAUAAAUCCUCUAUCCUAUGUUAUAAAUGAUGGAUUUUGAGUAAUAUUUGCCAACAGUGCUACAGCCUCUCUUGCUUUCUGGAUUAGACUCCCUAAUUACUCACUCAGUUCAUGUCACUGCCACCACAUGCCCGUGAGCAGGACCGUGCAUAUUUUGCAGCUGACAAGUCUGCAAGCCCAGUUGAGAGCCCUGCUUCUCCAUGGCCCCUGCUCCUGAUCUCAUUUCUGUAUUUUUCCAUUACCAACAAGAUCCCAAGGCAUUGUUUUUUAACCUGUUCCCCACUGGCUCCUACCGCUACUACUGCCAGUCUUCACUCAGCAAGCAGUUCUGCCUCCUAGGGAAGCUUUUCCCUGCAUCUCAUUUGUUUCAUUCACCUGGAGAGUCAUCCUUGCAGAUUGCUGACUGGAGGUGCUACUGAUGUUUCUGAAGCCAGCAGCCCUAGGGACCUAGUGAGGACCGAGACUCCAACCAACACUCUUUCUCAAAACCCUGCCCUUCCUUAGACUUUGGAAUUUUCAGGCCUGAAGUAACUUCUGUCACUUCACUGGCAAUAGAAAUAUUUUAUUCUGCCACUUAUUUUUCCUCAGCAGUGGGGCAUGCCCUCAGUGUUGCCCACUCUUAUUCCCCUGUUCCUUUUAGAACAGCCUGACGGAGUAGCAGUUGUUGUCAUUCUCAAAUUUCAACCUAUUUCUUGAAUAGGCUUCUCUAAUACAUAUAUGGCUAGCACAUUUUGCCAGUGCCUUCUUUCCUUUUGCUUUUGGGCUCAGUCAUUGAUUUUUCUAACAUAUUGCCUUUGUGGGGCCCCCAUAAUGGCCCUGAAUUUCAUGUAGCCUCCCCCAUCUUUCUGCUUCUUUGCAAAAGAUGAUGUCCAAAUGUCUGGGGUAAGAGGUGUGGCUAAUGUUCUUAUUUCUCUGUGUGGCAGCAAUAUGGGCAUCACUUAAACAACUUAUUAGAAAUGCAGAUUCUCAGGCUUUACCCUGGACCUACCGAAUUGGAAUCUACAUUUUCACAAGAUCCCCGUGCUUUAUAUGCACAUUGAAGCUUGGGGAACAGUGGCAUCUGUGACCUCAUGGAGGUGAAAUAAAGCCAUGGUGCUUAGAUGAAAUGUCUUCUGCCUCUGGUCUCCAGAGAGAGAGAUGUUCUCAUCUCUUCUGACAUAGUGCUUGACCUGUUGACAUUCACAGUGGAAGUCAGCCACCAGGGCAGUGACUCAUGGUUUGGUCUCACUGAACGUAGAGCCCUC